AUGUCACUACUUAAUGUGAUCGUAUUUUUACUGAUAGUCUCAGCUGUUGUGGUUGAUAGUCGAGCACGCCGUAAACGACGUCAAGCAUCAAUGUCAAGCUCUUAUUUCGGAGCAUAUGGAUUAGGCUCUUAUCCAAAUGUGGGUUAUGGACUAGGCUUUAUUGGCUCAGGUACGAAUAAUCUUAUAGGAAAUAAUUGGUAUCCAUUAGGUAAUAAUUGGUAUAUACCAAAUAAUCAAGCAUAUCCAUACAAUUCCCAAUUCGGCUACAAUCCACAACCGUAUCCAUAUCCAUUAAACUAUGGCUAUCAAAAUUCUCCUAGUGCUUUUGGAACUGGACAAUAUGGAACUUCAGAGUUUCAGAAUCAAAUUCGACCUCAACUCCUAGCGUAUAUUGGUCAAUCUUAUGUGCCAUCAAAUGAUUGGUUGCCGUUGCCUGGAGUCAAUCGUCAUAGACAAUUAUUCAAAAGAGCUAUGGCUACUAACAUGAAUGAUAAUCGUGCUCCUUUCGUUCGCAAAUAA